AGACAGUGAAUAAGCGCAAGAAAGAGUGAGUGAGCUCAAGAAUGAGUGCCCUAUUGAAUAAUAUUUAUCAUGUGUAAACUACCUUUCUGCGUUUAACAUUGCAUAGCUUCAUGAAGAUUGCGAGUUGUCUACGGAUUAAGUUGUUUUGAUGACAAUGCUGCCAUAGAUUUUCAUAUCUCUUGAUUCAUAAAAUCAUCAUCAUGAAAUACAUUUCUGCUCUAUCAUUUUUAUGGACAUUGGAAAUAAUCGAUAUACAUGUCAUCAAUUGAUUUCUGGACGGGCGGAGAUUAUGACUGAUUGAUUUUACAACGUAAAGGGAACAUCUAGCGCCGAGGGGAGGAAACCUGUGAAUUAUUUGUGAGAAAUCAAGCCGCUCAAUCUCCUGUGAGGACCUGUUUCUGGACUAGCACCCAGAAGAACGGAAGCAAAGCGAAAGAUGAUGGAAUGGCCGUGACAACAUGAAAAAGAAAAAGUGUGGAGCUCUAUUUUCAUCCAGCCAGUGAUUCAACACGACUGACCUGGGGGACAGAGGCGGAGAUAGAAAGAAGAGUGGCCUGUCGCCCCCCUGGAACCCGCCAUGGAGCCUCCUCCCUCUUUGAGCUUGGCUCUCUUGGGAGGCAGUGAGGACGAGGACCCGCGGUUCCCCCUCCCUCUGAGUGGAAUCUCCCACCCCCCCAUGAUCGGCAACUACCCGGGAUCGAACCACUCCAACCACAUGGGGGGAUCCAGCCUGGACCGGCUGAAUGGGUCACCCACCACGCCUAGCAUGCCACAGGCGUCCCUUCCCAAGCUGCCGCUCUCCUCAGUUGGUGGUCAACCCUUACCCCCCAUCCCCAAUGCCCUUCACCCAACCAGCACCCCUCUUUCGUCCUGCCUGGGCUCCCAACAUAGCCUGAGUGGGGACAACUCCCCAGUCUACAACGCCCUCUUCUACUCCUCACAUUCCCCCUCAAUGGAGAGGGAGAGAGACAGGGACAGAGAGAGAGACAGGGACAGAGACAGGGACAGGGAGAGGGGGUGUAAGCACCGACAGGCCAGCCCACUGGUCCAUCGGAGAGACAGCAACCCAUUCACAGAGAUCGCCAUGAGCUCCUGUAAAUACACAGGUGGCGUGAUGAAACCUCUCAGUCGCCUCAGCGCCUCCGACGCAACCUUAUCGAAUCCGACAGCGGCAGCGACACUAAAGAGGGCGGUGCGGCAGCCAUUAGUGGGGCAACGGCCAUUGGAGGACGGGACCGAGAAAGAGAGGCCCCACCUACUUCCUAUCCCUGCCAUCCUCUAAUCAACCAACCCAGAAUCCUCCAGAGAUUGUGAUUCAUCUAAAGAGGACUCGCCGUAUGCGAGGGGUUAUGAUAUCACUGACUCAUCCUCCAAUCAGAUGUCAAUAUACCAUCAGAAUCAUGCUUUGGCGGAGAGUAGGGGGGGCUUGAGCAGUGCAGGGGGCACAGGAGGAGGGGGAGGGAGCAGUAGGCAGGGUGGGGUUGGAGGUGUUGGGGCCGUGGGGCCAAGGGGGAGCACCUCGAAGGCUUCUAGUUCUAAACGGAAGAACCAGAACAUUGGUUAUAAAUUGGGCCACAGGAGAGCGUUGUUCGAAAAGAGGAAAAGACUAAGCGACUACGCGCUCAUCUUUGGAAUGUUUGGAAUCGUCGUCAUGGUGAUUGAAACAGAGUUGUCCUGGGGCGUUUACAACAAGAGUUCCAUGUACUCUUUGGCCUUGAAGUGUCUGAUCAGCCUGUCUACUGUGAUCCUGCUGGGUCUCAUCGUAGCCUACCACGCACGAGAAGUCCAGCUUUUCGUCAUCGACAACGGAGCGGACGACUGGCGCAUCGCCAUGACAUUGGAGCGAGUGUUGCUGAUAUCGUUGGAGCUGCUGGUGUCGGCGGUUCACCCGGUGCCCGGGGACUUUAAGUUCCAGUGGCGGGCGCGCCUGGCAUUCUCAUAUGCCCCGUCCCAGGCUGAGGCAGACCUGGACAUGGUGCUGAGUGUCCCCAUGUUCCUGCGCCUCUACCUCAUAGCCCGCGUCAUGCUGCUACAUAGCAAACUGUUCACUGACGCCUCCUCACGGAGUAUAGGGGCUCUUAAUAAGGUGCACUUUAAUACAAGGUUUGUGAUGAAGACUCUGAUGACAAUCUGUCCUGGCACUGUCCUCCUCGUGUUCAGCAUUUCACUGUGGAUCAUAGCUGCCUGGACUGUACGAGUGUGUGAGAGGUAUCAUGAUGCUCAGGAUGUGACCAGUAACUUCCUGGGGGCGAUGUGGCUCAUAUCUAUAACCUUCCUGUCUAUUGGCUAUGGUGACAUGGUUCCUCAUACAUACUGUGGGAAGGGAGUCUGUCUACUGACUGGCAUUAUGGGUGCGGGCUGUACAGCUCUGGUGGUUGCCGUGGUAGCAAGGAAGCUGGAGUUGACUAAGGCAGAGAAACACGUUCACAACUUCAUGAUGGACACUCAACUCACCAAGAGGAUAAAGAAUGCGGCAGCCAAUGUUCUGAGGGAGACUUGGCUCAUCUACAAACAUACCAAACUGCAGAAGAAGAUCGACCACUCCAGAGUGCGCAAACACCAAAGGAAGUUCUUACAGGCCAUCCACCAAUUGCGUAGUGUGAAGAUGGAACAGAGGAAACUGAGUGAUCAGGCCAACACUCUGGUGGACCUUUCGAAGAUGCAGAGUGUGAUGUAUGAACUGAUGUCAGAGCUGAAUGACCGCAGUGAGGACCUGGAGCGCCAAAUGCUGUCUCUGGAGACGCGGGUGGAGCAACUGACCGCUGGCUUCACUGCCCUGCCUGCCCACCUGUCCGCCACUCUAUCCGCACAGCACACCACCCUGCUCCACCUACUCCGGGAGAGGGAUGCCAGGGACGGCCGAGGAGGUGGAGGGGGAACUUCCCUGGUACCUGUUACUCAGCUGGCCCCUGCCCACGCCCUGACCCCAAGCCCAAUGCUGGCACCUGAGCCCCAGCAGUCUUCACAGCCACCGCAUCCCACGGACGGAACCGUAGAAGGCAGCACUAGUCCCAAUACUAGCACUUCUAGUUGUUGAAGAAAAGGAGGCCGGGCUAUAGAAGAGGAAAUGGGAGAGGAGAAAAGGAAAAAGAGAGCUGGGAAGUGGGAAGUGGAGGAGGAUAAAGAGGGCGAGUUGGGAUCAGGGGUGAGGAGGGGUGAGUGGAUGAGGGAACAGGGUAUGAGGUCAACUCCAACACUAGCUCCCACAGCUGAUGCAGAGGGGAUGAAGGAUGGGAGGGGUAAGAGAGGGCAGUCAGAAGCCCAACACUAGCUCAUCAAGCUUCUAAGGAGAGCUGGGAGAAGAGGGGAGGCGAAAGAUUGUGAUGAGAGGAGGUGGAAGAGAGGAGGAGUGUAGUCGGUGUUAGGGGAGAAAUAUAAGAGGGAGGAACAGAGACGAGCGGAUGUGGGAGGGAUGGAAGUAAGAGAGAGGAUGGACUUAGAAUUGGUGAGGAUGAGGGUUUGGAGUCUUAAGAGGGAAGAGUGGUGGAGAAAGGGAAGGAUAAGAGAGAAGGGGACGAAUGGGAGGAGAGAUAAUUAAGAAUAAUUACAGCAACACAGUCCCAAUGGAAUUCACUUUAAUUACAGGACAAAAUGUCUCCCUCUCCUUUUUCAUCCUCUCUCUUACGCUUCCCUCUUUCUCUCCUUUCAUCGUAAUCUCUCUCUCGAUCCAUCCAUCAGGAAUUAUUAAUGACAAUGACUUUUUAUCCUUACGAUGUAUUUUCUAUCUAAUUGCUAAUUGUGUGAACACGAGCGACCCUUUAAUGAACCAUAUAAUCAAUAUGACCAUAAUACAGUACAUACUGUACACACGCAACAUUAUAUAUACACACACACACACACACACACACAAAAUACACAGCACACACACACAAAAUAUCCCCCAAAAUACAAAUAAUACAAUGCACGACUAGAUCACAAGAAAACAAUGCUAUAGCCUAUAACUGCCAAGUCCAACUGAAAACAACAUACUGCCAGGCAUUUAAUACACUACACAAAGAGCGUAGACAGGCACAAAGGAAACACUACUGCCAUAUUUCCUUAUGCCCACACGUUCCCCAAACAACUCAGUUUUCAUGAAUGUACAUUUUAAACCACAUGCACACAGUUUGCACAGGGGCACACACUGAGAGAAAUUCUCACACAUGCACACACACAUACACACGCGCAUACACACACACACACACACAUAAAAUCUACCAAAGUGCUCUCUCUCUCAAAUGGACUUCAAAAGAGAGGCAGGGGAGACUGUCACGGGGAGAGGAGAUGGGAAGAGCGGUUUCAGAUUUCUUGAAAAUGUUUCUGAAGAAUAACUGAAAAUCUGGAUGUGGACUAGUAAAUAGUAAGUGCACUUUUCACGGCCAGAUAUGAGAUGGACUGCCAUAGACAGGGAAGGAAAGAUACAGGCCAUGGCAAGAGAGAAAUGGUUGCUUACAAAACGUAACCCAAUAGACGGAGAGACUAUAAAUCUGAAAAUAAUGAUUAUGAUGUAAUAGAAUAAGACUAUUUUACUUCUGUAAGCCCUUUCUACGGAGACCAUUUUGAAAACUGUCUUAUAGCGACAUUCUGUGGCCGGAUUGCCUAAUUACACCUGCUUGGGAUAUUGUACAGUAUGCUCUUACAGAAACCUAGCUUUGAAUUGCUCAGUCUUUUCUACCAUUACGAUUUAAGGCAGUUAUAGCUGAUAUCUAUUAUUACUAUACUAUGGUAUUCAUCUCUUUCGUCCUGACAAUUAAGAUAGAUGUAUUAAUAAUAAACUGUAAUAAUAAAUUAUGGACGUGGGGAGGUGCGUUUGAGGUUGAAAUUAUUUUGUAAUUUUAUUUUACCAGAGAGACUUAAUAAAGUAUAUAUCUAUAUAACAUCAA